AUGCCACGCUCGCUUGAUGUCUCAGUUCCGGAGCAGAGAUGCUCCAGCUGCUAUCUGGGAAGGCUCUGGCCCCCAAAAUAUUUAGUUAGCAGCCAUUCAGUUAAGUGGAAUUGA